GGCCACCGAUCCCGUGCUCCCCCUGCAGGCCUCCCGGCUCACCAUCUCCCCGUGAUCCCUGUCACGGACGCGCCGCCGCCGCUGCCACCCCUAUCUAAUGGCGAGCGGCGCCAGGAAUGGCGGGGGAGGGCUGGGCUCCAGGACGACCGCGAAGAUGGACAGGCAGCAGGGCUCCACCGCCACGCCCAAGGCCCCCGCCGGGAAGCCCCGCCUCUCCGCGGCCGGCGGCGGCGCUUACCGGCGCACCAGCUCCGGCCCGCUCCCCGCCGCGGGCGCCGGCGGGGGGCGCAACUCGUCCGAAUCCGGAGUUUCUAGCAGAGUUAGAGUUGCUGUAAGGCUAAGGCCUCGGAAUGCAGAAGAGCAGGCGGCAGAUGCUGAUUUUGCUGACUGCGUUGAACUCCAGCCAGAGCUCAAAAGACUAAAGCUUCGUAAAAACAAUUGGGAGUCCGACACAUUUGAAUUCGAUGAAGUGCUUACAGAGUUUUCUUCACAGAAGAGAGUGUAUGAAGUUGUUGCUAAACCAGUUGUGGAGAGCGUUUUGGAGGGAUAUAAUGGUACAGUUAUGGCAUAUGGGCAGACUGGUACUGGCAAGACUUUUACACUUGGAAGGCUUGGUGAUGAAGAUACUGCUGCACGAGGAAUCAUGGUCCGCGCAAUGGAGGAUAUUCUUGCUGAUAUAACCCCUGAGACUGAUACAGUAUCACUAUCUUAUCUACAGUUGUAUAUGGAAAUGAUACAAGAUCUCCUUGAUCCUGUAAAUGAUAACAUAGCCAUUGUAGAAGACCCAAGAACAGGGGAUGUUUCGUUGCCUGGGGCCACUGUAGUUGAAGUUAGAGACCAGAAGAGUUUUAUGGACCUUUUAAGGAUUGGUGAAGCUCAUCGUGUUGCUGCAAACACAAAGUUGAAUACAGAGUCAUCUCGUAGUCAUGCAAUUCUCAUGGUAAAUGUCAGAAGGGCUGUAAAAGGUAGAAGUGAAAUGAAUGUUAGCAUGUCUGCUGAAAAUGGGCAUUCAUCUUCAAUGAUGGACUCUCUACGACCACCUAUUGUCAGGAAAAGCAAGCUUGUAGUUGUAGACCUGGCAGGAUCCGAGCGAAUAGACAAAUCUGGAAGCGAGGGUCAUACAUUAGAAGAGGCGAAGUCUAUUAACUUGUCCCUAAGUUCACUAGGAAAAUGCAUCAAUGCACUUGCUGAAAGCAGCGCACAUGUACCUGUUCGUGAUUCCAAGCUUACUAGGUUGCUUAAAGAUUCAUUUGGAGGCACUGCAAGAACAUCAUUGGUUGUGACGAUUGGUCCAUCUCCAAGACAUAGGGGGGAGACUACGAGUACAAUAAUGUUUGGACAAAGAGCAAUGAAGGUUCAGAACAUGGUGAAAUUAAAGGAAGAAUUUGACUACAAAAGUUUGUGUAGGAGACUUGAUAUUGAAUUGGACAAGUUAAUCGCAGAAAAUGAAAGGCAACGUAAAUAUUUUGAUGAUGAAAUUGAACGAAUAACAGCAGAAGCGCAAUACCGUGUUGCUGAGGCAGAAAAGGAAUGCAAAGUUUCUCUAGAGAAUGAGAAAAUGAAGUAUCAUCAAGAAUACUUGGACUCUAUAAAGAUACUAGAAGAGAAGUGGAAAGUACACCAACAGUCACCUAAGAAACAGAUUAAAGAGGAGUCUACAUCAAAUGGUGACGUGCAGGACUUACUGCAGAAUGAGAAAAUGUUACGCCAAUCUGCUGAAGAUGAGUCCAAUGACCUUAAGAAUCAAUUAUCACACUGGAAAAAGAUGGAGGCCACAGCUACCGCUGAAGUAGUGAGACUCCGGAGAAUGUUGGAUACUGAAGCUAGCCAAAAAGACAAACUCGAAGAAGAAAUAGCUGUUUUGAAAAGUCAGUUAAUGCAGUUAAGUCUGGAUGCUGAUGAGACAAGAAUGAGCCUUGACACAGGAGAUGGACCAGGAAAAAUAUUUCCUGGUUUAGAUUCUUUGAUGUCUCACUCUCGGAAUUCGCAGCCUAGAGAGCAGAGCAAUGGACCUAAGGCGCCAGUCGCGAAACUCUUUGAGCAAGUUGGGUUACAGAAGAUAUUGUCAUUGCUUGAGUCGGAAGAACCUGAUGUUCGUGUUCAUGCCGUAAAAGUUGUCGCGAAUCUGGCGGCUGAAGAGGCAAAUCAAGAAAAGAUUGUAGAAGCAGGUGGCCUCACUUCCCUCCUAAUGCUGCUUAGGAGCUCUGAGGAUGAGACCAUACGCAGAGUAGCGGCAGGAGCAAUUGCUAAUCUUGCAAUGAAUGAAACGAAUCAAGAUCUUAUAAUGGCUCAAGGUGGUGUAACCUUGUUGUCAAUGACAGCAUCUGAUGCGGAGGACCCACAAACUCUAAGAAUGGUGGCUGGAGCUAUCGCCAACCUGUGUGGCAAUGACAAACUGCAAACUCGUCUAAGAGGAGAAGGUGGAAUCAAAGCAUUGCUGGGAAUGGUUAAGUGUGGCCACCCUGAUGUCCUUGCUCAAAUUGCUCGUGGCAUUGCAAACUUUGCAAAAUGUGAAUCUAGAGCAGCUACUCAAGGAAACAAGGUGGGGAGAUCAUUAUUGGUCGAUGAUGGGGCACUUCCUUGGAUCGUAAAAAACGCAAAUAAUGAGGCUGCCCCAAUUAGGCGGCACAUCGAGCUUGCACUGUGCCAUUUGGCGCAACAUGAGGUAAAUGCCAAGGAUAUCGUGAGUGAAGGCGCGCUCUGGGAACUUGUUCGGAUCUCGAGGGAUUGCUCUCGGGAAGAUAUAAGGAUGCUAGCAUACCGCACGCUGACAUCCAGCCCAACUCUUCAGUCGGAGAUGAGAAGAUUGCGGAUAGAGUGUUGAUGAAUUGACCCAAAAAGAUUCAACUGGGUCUCAUCCUCGCACCGAGUGGAGUUACGUUUCUUGCCCAAAUCUCCCAAUUCGAGUAGAGGCGCUGCUGUUGCGCAAGCGCUGGCAAUCAAGCGCGCCGGCCCUUUGAUAUACCCAGCUUCUGCAAGCAAGCAUACAUGGCCGGGCAGCGGACCCGUUGAGUUCUGUCUCAACUGUCAAUGGUGCGCGCCAUCAUUCUCCUCAAGAUGAUUCAUUCUAUUUAUGGUGGCGAUUCGUUUAUUCAAAUCCUAGCAUGUGAGAGGCUUUACUUACUUGGAUGUAACCUGUAGAAGAAUUUGUGUUGUAAAAUCCACGAUCGUGGUCGGGAUAUGGGUGGGCCAGCUGAGUGGCUUGCGGUGCAGAUAGGUUGGCUUGGGUUGGGGCCAUGACAUGGAUUAUAUACUUAUAUACUUGUAUUAAUUGUACAGUAGACAAUCUUUCGACUGUAACUUAAUAGUUCUUCAGAGACUGUUUGUUAGAAGAGUGUUUGCGUA